CUCCCCUCCUUCAUCUCAUAUAAAGUGAGGCAUCCAGCAGACAUCCGUCCCUGACACAAACACCUGUUUUACUCCUGUUUUCCUUCUCUCUGUCUGGCAUCAUGACAUUUGUCUCUCCUCCGGGCUACCAGCCUGUCUACAAUCCUAGAAUUCCCUAUCUUGGCCCUGUUUAUGGAGGCCUAAGGGAUGGGGUAUCCAUCUACAUCCAAGGAUCUGCUUCUAAAGACAUCACCAGGUUUCUUAUCAACCUUCUUUGUGGAGAGUCUGAGUCCAGCGACAUUGCCCUACAUCUCAACCCUCGGUUUGACGGCUGUGAUAAAGUGGUUUUAAACACCCGUCAGGGUGGAUCUUGGGGGUCGGAGGAGAAGAUCCAUAGCAUGCCUUUCUCCAAGGGCAAGGCCUUUGAGCUGGUCAUCAUGAUUACUUCAAAGGGAUUUCAGAUUAAAGUCAAUGGGAAGGAAUAUUUGAUGUUCCCACACCGUAUCCCUGUGGAGCAAAUUCGUGCAAUCCAGGUUGCAGGAGAUGUUUCCAUCCAAACUAUUAAUAUCAUUGGGGAUGCUGGAGGUGGCAUGUACCCUGGAGGAAUGGGGGGAGGAUAUCCAGGAGGCAGCAUGGGGGGUGGAUUUCCUGAUGGCAUGGGAGGAGGAAUGGGACAGGGAGGAUAUCCAGGAUGCAACAUAGGGGGUGCAUACCCAGGAGGGCCUGGAGGCAGCAUGGGGGGAGGACACCCAGGAUCCCAACUACCGGGUAUGGGCGGGCAGCCGGUGUACAACCCACCUGUACCCUACUCCAGUAUGAUCCCAGGAGGGAUGUACCCUAAAAGGACCAUCAUCAUCAGGGGCAUGAUACCCCAUGGAGCAAACAGAAUGGGCUUCAACUUAGUGGUGAGCAGAUCCCGAGACAUUGCCUUUCACAUGAACCCCAGAGUGAAGGAGGGCGCUGUGGUACGAAACACCAGGACAGAUGGGAAGUGGGGCAAGGAGGACAGAGAGCUCAGCAUGAACCCCUUCAUGGAAGGACAGUACUUUGAUAUGUCGAUUCGCUGCGGGAACCAGAGGUUCAAGGUGUUUGUGAACGGGCAGCACUUGUUUGACUUCUCUCACCGCAUGUCCUUCAGUGAGAUUGACAAGCUGGAGAUUGAGGGAGAUGUUCAGAUCUCCUACAUCCACUUCUGAUUUGCCCCAUAUAGAUUCACAUAACUGUACUUUUCCAUGUCAUUUUAUGCUUUUAUUUCAGAGCAUAUGUCACCUCAUGUCAUGAUUACUUCCUGUUGUGUUAUUUUCAGCAUCCAGCUUUGCAACUCAUUGAUAACAUCAUCAUCAAUCAUUUAAAAUAAAUGAGAAUAAAUCGGUCAGGAUUAAAGCUCA